AUGAGGAUGCUGGGGUGUCUGUCUGCCCUCCUGCAGGCCUCAGCAGCAUCACCCAUGCCAUACUUCGUCACCAGGAACUACUCCACCCUCAUCGCCUUCGCCGUCGGCGGCCAGUUCCAGCCUGGGAAUGGGUUCAGCCUGCUGGGGGCCCACACCGACAGCCCCUGCCUCAGGGUGAAGCGGCGCUCUAAGCGGGGGCAGGUGGGCAUGGUGCAGGUCGGUGUGGAGACCUACGGAGGGGGCAUCUGGAACACCUGGUUUGACCGUGACCUUACUGUGGCCGGGAGGGUGAUCAUAAAGGACCCGGCCACGGGGCGCCUGGAGCAGCGCCUGGUACGUGUGGAGCGGCCCGUCCUCCGCAUUCCCCACCUGGCCAUCCAUCUGCAGCGCAGCAUCAAUGAGAACUUCGGGCCCAACACCGAGCACCACCUGGUUCCCAUUCUGGCCACUGCUGUGCAGGAGGAGCUGGAAAAGGAGGUGCUCAUGGAGGCCAUACCUUGCGAUGCUGCGGCCCAGGCAGAGCGGCACAGCCCUGUCCUGCUUUCCCUGCUCUGCCCCCAGCUGGGGGUGAAACCAGAGCAGAUUGUGGAGCUGGAACUAUGCCUGGCGGAUACGCAGCCAGCGACGCUGGGUGGUGCCUUCGACGAGUUCAUCUUCUCCCCACGCCUGGACAACCUGCACAGCUGCUACUGCGCCCUGCAGGCCUUGAUAGACUCGUGCGCAGCGCCCUCCUCCCUCUCCCAGGAGCCCAAUGUGCGUCUCAUUGCGCUCUAUGACAACGAGGAGGUGAGCGAGGGUGCACAGGGCGCGGAGUCUUUGCUGGCAGAGCUGGUGCUGCGCCGGAUCUCGGCAUCGCCGCAAAACCUGACAGCCUUCGAGGAGGCCGUGGCCAAGUCCUACAUGAUCAGCGCCGAUAUGGCCCACGCUGUGCACCCUAACUACGUGGACAAGCAUGAGGAGAAUCACCGUCCAGCCUUCCACAAGGGCCCCGUCAUCAAAGUGAACAGCAACCAGCGCUACGCCUCCACGGCUGUCACCGAAGCCGUCAUCCGGGACAUCGCCGCCCGCGUGGGUGUCCCUCUGCAGCGGUACCUGGAGCACCUCCUGCUGUCCCCUCCUCCCCAGCUGGGCUAUGAGGAGGCUCUGCUCAACCCCUACUCCUACCACAAGUUUGGCUACCAGGAUGGCGCUCACCAGCUCCCCAGUGGCACAGCCAGGCAGAGCCCCGAGACCUCCUCUCUGCUGGGCCGGGUCCCUGCCCAGGCCCUUUUUGGGGCCGGCCCUGUGCCCUCCUAUGGCAAGCAGCCAGGAACGGAUGGGGGGCAUCUCUUCCAGGACUUGGGCAUGCUCUCCCUGCCCAGAGAGAAAGCCGGCCGCCCAGACCCUGCUGGCACCAAGCUCCAGCACAGCUUGCGGCUCCCCAGUGACUACAGGGACACGGAGGAGAGGGAGCAACCAGUGCCCCUGGCUGCCCAGCCACCCCCUGCACCGACAGACGCUGCCCUGAAGAGACUGGCCUCCCUGCUGGCCAGCUACGGCCUGGGGCUGCCGGAGCUGAGCCCCCACCCCCUGGGGCUGGCCGCUGGCGUGCGGCUGCUGGAGCUCCUCGCCAAGCGCCUCCAUCUCUCCACAGCCAGCUUCAUCAACAUCAGUGUCGUGGGCCCCGCGCUCACCUUCCGCAUCCGGCAGAACCCCCAGAACCUCUCGCUGGCAGACGUGGCCAGCCAGGCUGAGCAAGUGAAGGCAGAGCUGGAGGCAGAGCUGGGCCUGAAGAUUGUGCAAACAGGAGUGGGAGAGGGGCUGCAGGGCUGCUCCUGCUUGGGUGCCCCGGGGAGCUGGGAGGUGCUGGCCCUGGUGGGGCACCCCUGGCUGCAGGGCUCGCUGGGCCCUGGCGGCAGUCAGACUGGCCCCCAGGCGCUGGGGCUGACGAGGCUGGGGCGAAAUGAGGCUGCUGCCUACUCGCGCCCAUCCCGCUUCGGGGAUGGCUUCCACUCGGUGCUGCUGACCUUCAUCGCGCUGGCCUGCGUCUGCUCCAUUGCCCAGAACGAAGCCAACCUGAAGAAGAACCGCAACCCUGACUAUGUGCCCUAUGACCACGUGCGGAUCAAGCUGAAAGCUGAGAGCAACCCGUCCCGCAGCGACUUCAUCAAUGCCAGUCCGAUCAUCGAGCACGAUCCGCGGAUGCCGGCGUAUAUCGCUACACAGGGGCCGCUGUCCCACACUAUUGCUGACUUCUGGCAGAUGGUGUGGGAGCACGGCUGCACAGUCAUUGUCAUGCUGAGCCCGCUUGCAGAGGACAGCGUAAAGCAGUGUGACCGCUACUGGCCGGACGAAGGCUCCUCUCUCUAUCACAUCUAUGAGGUGAACCUGGUGUCGGAGCACAUCUGGUGUGAGGAUUUCCUGGUGCGCAGCUUCUACCUGAAGAACGUGCAGUCACAGGAGACCCGCACCCUGACGCAGUUCCACUUCCUCAGCUGGCCGGCCGAGGGCAUCCCCGCCACCCCCCGGCCCCUCCUCGACUUCCGCAGGAAGGUGAACAAGUGCUACCGGGGUCGCUCCUGCCCUAUUAUCGUGCACUGCAGCGAUGGUGCAGGCAGGACUGGGACAUAUAUCCUCGUUGACAUGGUCCUGAACCGAAUGGCCAAAGGGGUGAAGGAGAUAGACAUAGCUGCUACGCUGGAGCACAUCCGAGAUCAGCGGCCCGGCAUGGUGCAGACCAAGGACCAGUUUGAGUUUGCGCUGACAGCCGUGGCCGAGGAAGUGAAUGACAUCCUGAAGGCGCCGGCGCCGGGAUUGCGAGCCCAGAGCUGGGGAGGGGCAAGGAGGGAGCGAGGAAGGUCCCAGAAGGAGGAAGAGGAGAGCCAAGGCAGGACCAUGGGCAACGGCGAGGGUGGCAACGCCUGUGAACAUCGCUGA